GCCAUGUGAUCUGAUUGAUGUGUCAAAGAAGCGCUAGAAUUGUGAUCUUGUACACUUCAGACCGAACGACAUUAAAAAGAGAGUAAGGCCACUUUUAAAGCGCACUGUUAUUUUAUCCAAAGAUUGUUUUAUUAUUGUAUUUUUUACGCCUUGCUUUGCUAUCUUCUCUUCUUUCAUAUGGAACAAAGCGGAACGCUGUGAAUACAACCUGCCAAAGACGAUAAUAACGACAUGCAAACGCGCUCUUAAUUGGAAAGCUGGGUCCUUUAAGGAGGGGUUGGCUGCUGUUGAACAGAAGAGCUCUUUUUAAAUGAUCAGACCGAUUUAGUGUGAGUUGUCAUCUGGAAUUCUGCAUCAAAACUGGGAUCUAUGAGCGGGAAAGCAUUAUUAAAGAUUAAAGAAGAUAAAGAUGCAAACAAGGUAUACACAGUUCAAGAUGGCAAGGAGUACAUUCUCUUGCGGGCGGAGUCAACUCAAUCUCUUGCAGUAGAUCAGAAAGAAAACUCACCCUUUCAUAAUAAAUGUCAGGAGCUCUUUUGCUGUCCAUUCUGGAAACUCUUCAUUCUAAAGAAAAAAGAGAAUACUGAAGAGCCCCAGCUCAAGGGGAUAGUCACCAAGCUCUACAGUCGACAAGGCUUUCAUCUACAACUCCAAGCUGAUGGGACCAUUGAUGGUACAAAAGAGGAAGAUAAUAGCUAUGCUAUUUUCAACCUCAUCCCUGUUGGGCUCCGGGUGGUGGCUAUUCAGGGAGUCCAAACGAAGCUCUACCUGGCUAUGAACAACGAGGGCUACCUAUACACAUCCGAGCACUUCACACCAGAGUGCAAAUUCAAAGAGUCAGUGUUUGAGAACUAUUACGUGACCUACUCAUCAAUGAUCUAUCGGCAGCAGCAGUCGGGCCGAGGCUGGUACCUGGGUCUCAACAAAGAGGGUCAAAUCAUGAAGGGCAACCAUGUGAAGAAGACUAAGCCGGCUGCACACUUCAUCCCCAAACCUCUCAAAGUUGCUAUGUACAGAGAGCCGUCACUCCACGAUCUGACUGAGUUCUCACGCUCCGGAAGUGGUACUCCGACCAAAAGCCGCAGCGCCUCGGCAAUGCUCAACGGUGGCAAGACUCUGAGCCAGAAUGAGUCAACAUAACAUGUACAGCUGUUGGACUCUUACCAUCAACUAAACAGCACAAAUGCGUUUACAAGAGUGUGGUGAAACCUUUAGCUGGUUGCUAGCUAGCGUCUCCUGAUAUCACUGUGAUGAGAACACAAGUGCAAAAUCUUUCCAAGAAAAACCUACAUUGUACAUUCUUCUGCAGGUCAACCUGGUGAGACAAACCAAUCAAGCCAUCUUACUGUUAUAGGGAUCCCUUUGCGGACAAUUCCUGUUUCCAUGUGUAGAAUACAGCACUGUGGUUCUCCCUUAAGACAUUGUCUCUCCCAUGGCAUUGUUACAGAAUCUUCUAGAACAACUACUUUUGUGUUUUGCUCCAUUUCUUCAUAGGGAUGCCAACUCCAUAGUGCUGUGUAAGCUACAAUAUGACAAGAGCAGCUUGUGAGACACAUUUAUCAGUAUAUAGAAGCAGAAAUCCCAAAGGUUUUGGAUAUACAUGUAUGAUACAAGUCUUUCAGCUCAGCUUUUUUGAGGAAGCAGUUUAUUGUUGUGAGCUUUUUAGAUAAGGAAUUUUGCUCCACGCUGCUCUUUUUAUGUCUUUUCAGCUUUCCCCCACACGUUGCUAUUCUGCAAAUUAAACAGAUUUAGGAUUCGGUCUGUCUGCACACCAAAGAUGUUAUUAGUGUCUUUGUAUGGAGGUGAGUCAAUCUGUGUAAUUUCAGCUUUCUCAGACAGAUGGUUGAAAAUAUCGAAAGAGUGAAUGUCAUUUAGUCAGAGGAAAUGUAAUCAGAAUAGAUGAAGGCCACUUUCUGUUCAUCGCUGCUUGGUGUGUUUUUUGUCUCAUUAUAUUUUUCCUUACUUUCCUUCUAAUUUUGGUACCCAGCAUCUUGGACGAAAAAAUCAAAUCAGAAAGUGUCUAAAUUAUUGAUUAGCCUCUAUCCGGUAAGAUUUCUGUUGCGUAAACACAGGGCAGACAUUUUUCUCUCUUUUUGUAAACAAAAAUAUAAUGAAAGCCAAGUAAGAGAAGCCUUCCAUAUACUUUUGGUCAAAUUCCUCUUUUGUUCAUGUGUGUAUGAAGCAUAUUUAAUGCAUGGGGGACAAUGAACGCUGCAUGUUGUGAGGCUAUGUAUAUUAACUUAAUAUGGAAUCAUAAUAUGGAACCAUGUGCUCUAAUGGAUACUGGAGUAAAAUACAACUGUAUAUAUAUGCGUUUUAUCCUGCCACUCGCCUGUUUAUUUGUUGUACAUUUAUGAAGCUGCACUGAAUAAAAUGUUUUGUAUGUUCAGAGCAUUCAUGGCAUUUCAUUAUGUAUUAAGUGAUUAUGGGCUUCACUUGUAUCACGUUGCUAGCUCUUCUUCAAACCAAUAGUAAUUACAGGAGUAAGUUUAUGUUGUAACAUUAAUAAAUGUGACACCA